ACCAUGUUCAACAUUUCAACAACAAGCCUCCCAGUUAGGGAUACACCCACAAACUAUUUUGUAUUUCAUUCAUAAGCCUCAACUUUGUCACCUGAUAGAACUUUGCUUUGUUGUUGAAGCUGAGGACAUUUGAAUCCCUUCAUCCCUCUAUGUCCAAAUCUUCUGAUUUAAAUUCAUUUAAGAAUUACCUAUUUUAGAGAAUUGUUUAUCAUCAGGAAGUCACUGUUAUUAGAAAGUUCUCGUACAAGGACGGUGGAUGAGGAACAAGAGAGGUGAAGAUGGCGGAAGUUGUGGAAGACUGCUAUUUCUAUUUUUAUUCCACCUGUAUUAAGCAAACCUGCACCAUUUCUUGCUUCUGGGAAACCCAGCCAUUUGGUUGUGUGAAGAUUAAUUGUAUGUUUUUUCAUAGUAAACCUCGUAAUAUUAAUGGACUCUUUUUGCCUCCAAGUAGCAAAAUUCCACCCGGGAGCAAAGCAGACAGCAGCAGUGGACCAGAUCAUGACCAUAUUCCACCUUUAAAGGAAACUCUGGAAGGAAUUCUUUCCCCUACUGAAACCAAAGGACCUUUGAAAUCUCGAGAGAUUCUGGCAAGACCAAUCCACCCUCCACUUGUUAUAACUAUCAAUUUUGGGGAUGAGGAAGAUGAAGAGGAGGAAGAGGAGGAAGAAGAGAAGGAGAAUGUUUCUUCUAAUUCAUGGAUGAGGUCUUCGGAGGAUAUUGAAGAAGAAGAGGCAAUAAAGGCAAUGUGUUAUAAAUCCGGUGAAUACUAUAGAUUCCAUACUCCUCCAGAUGUCUCAGGAAAACCUGUGACUUUUGUAGUGGAAAAAGACUUCGUGAAACCCUUGGAAACUGGCACUGAUUUGCAAGAAGGUGAUGGUCUUACCAUUCCUUCGAAGUUAAAUGCAUUUGAAAGGCAAGUUGAGAUUAAAGAAUCCCUGAAUGGAAAAUUAAGGACUGAACUCACUACUUUCAAGAACGGAGGAGGUGACUGUUAUGCUCCACAAGGGAUCAUAUAUCUUGGAGUAGAUGAAAGUGAAACCUUAACUGAAGAAAAUGAAUUCAUUAUGGCAAAAAGUUCACAUGUUAAAGGGAGUAAAUCUUUCAACAACCUGGACAACAUCAGCAACAGCUAUCAGCAGAAGCAUUCUGUGACCACGAGAUCAGUGAAUACAACACAUGUGCUAAAUGCUACAGAAAAUAUCAACGCGAGAUACAAAGAGGAUCCCUCUUCAAUGAAUAAUACUCAGCAAAUGAGGAAAUCUAACUUUAAAGGGGUGAAAAAAAAGAAAUGGUUUUAUGAGGAACCAAAGAACUCAACUAAUCCAGGGACAAGAAAAGCAACACAGGUUCCAAACCCCAAAACCAAAACGGUUUACCAAGGAACUGAUAAAAGCAGGAAUUCUGAGAAUGCUUCCUUUACUCAUCUUCCAAGAGAAGUGGUCAGAAGUGUUCCAGGGAACUCCUCAGCACAUGGCCAGUCAGGAAAUAGGACUUACAAUAAAGAGAAGGAACCCAGAUUUGUUCAGUAUCCAGACAAAUAUUCCUCAGCAACAUCUAAUGCUCCAGGCUGGAAAAGAAGAAUGUCCUUUUCAAAAACAUACCCCAAAAUGGACAAAAUAGAUUCAGAACCAAAGAGAAACGGAAGCAAGUAAAAUAGGUAUAAAGAAGAAAAAGAGAAAAAGAAGAGGAUAUAGGACACCAUAUGCUUUCCAAAUAAAAAUCCUAAAAAUACAAAUUCAAAGAAAGAGAUAGUCAAGUAUUUCUACAAUACACUGGGUAGCAUAACAACAACAAAAAAAGCAAAUUAUGAAUAUAAGAUGCUAGGCAUUAAACGUAUUUCAAAGCUGCUGGAAAUGCAACCUGUAAGCAGAUAAGCUGCAAGUGUAUGUAUAUGCCUGGAAUUCAUUCAAUUCAUUGUUACCAAAGUUUAAUAAAGUUCAGGAGUUUGUCAAUCA